AUGGCGAUGAAUAACGACCGCACCGCGCCCAAUACCUUGACCAAAGAUCCGGAAUACGAUCAUAAACUGCCUUCUUCUUCGCCGGACCGCGAUGCUGAAAAGGGUACAAGUGGAGGCAGAUUCAGCGCGACUAAUAAGGUGGGAGGCAGAAUUGCGCCGGUGUUGCCUCACUUGAAGGGAUAUGAUUUCGGAGACAGUGAUGGUGGUUCGGAUAUUCUAGGCAAGCAGAUUGAAUUGGAGGCUGGAAAUGAUAUCCAAUACAGAACUUGCAGUUGGCCAAAGACUGCUGCUCUGCUCUUCUCAGAGUAUAUUUGCUUGGCUAUUAUGUCCUUCCCAUACAGUUACUCGAUUCUUGGACUUGUGCCGGGAUUGAUUUUAACUGUCGUCAUUGCCGCACUCGUUCUAUACACUUCGCUCGUUGUCUGGGAAUUCUGUCUCCGACAUCCUGAAGUUCGAGAUGUAUGCGAUAUCGGUCAGAUGCUGUUCUGGGGUAAAACCUGGGCUUGGUACGCCACCGCUGUCAUGUUUGUGCUGAACAACACCUUUAUCCAAGGACUGCACGUUCUCGUCAGCGCAAAGUACUUAAAUACCAUCACCAACCACAGUCAAUGCACAGUCACAUUCUCCGUCAUUGCGGCAAUCAUCUGUUGGAUUUGCUCCCUUCCCAGAACCUUCUCCACACUUGCGAAACUGGCCACGGCGUCCGCGAUUUUCACGUUCAUCUCAGUCCUUUUGGCUGCCAUUUUCGCUGGUAUUGAAGAUCACCCUGCAAACUACCAUGCGGAUCCAAAUUACGUCGAUCCGGCCACUGGAAGCCACUGGGGUGGGGAGCCAAUCGUUACCGCAAUCCCACUUCCAGGUACCACAUUUGUCGCUGGCAUGAGUGCUUUCCUCAACAUCAGUUACACCUUCAUCGGUCAGAUCACCAUCCCCAGUUUCAUUGCUGAAAUGAAGGAGCCAAAGGAUUUCCCCAAGGCACUUUGGUGCGUCACCAUCGCCGAGAUUUUCGUCUUCGGAAUUGUUGGCGCUGUCGUAUACGCUUUCACCGGAAACCAGUACAACACAUCUCCAGCAUUCGGCUCUUUGGGCAACGAUAUUUUCAAGAAGGUCGCUUUCUCCUUUAUGAUUCCAACUCUGAUCUUCUUGGGAGUUCUCUACGCCUCUGUCUCUUCUCGAUUCAUCUUCUUCAGAAUCUUCGAGGGAACCAGACACAAGUCAUCUCACACCGUCGUCGGCUGGGCAGCAUGGGCUGGUAUUCUAGCUGCUACAUGGCUUGGAGCUUUUAUCAUCGCUGAGGUUAUUCCCUUCUUCUCCGAUCUAUUGUCGCUCAUGUCUUCUCUUUUCGAUUCCUUCUUCGGAUUCAUCUUCUGGGGCGUCGCAUACAUUCGCAUGCGAAAGGCAGAUGGGGGUAUCAAUUGGCUGAAGGACGCAACUCCCUAUGGAUAUGCGAUGUUAGCACUUAACGUCUUCAUCAUCAUCAUUGGAUUCUACUUCCUUGGCGCUGGUACUUAUACCAGUGUCCAGAGUAUCAUUGAUAGUUAUGCUGCUGGAACUGUCAGUGGGGUUUUCACUUGCGCGAGUAACGGCUUGUAA